AUGUCAGCUUCAUUAGCUCCAGAGUGCAACGAGGUUAAGGAGCGGUAUGAUACGUGUUUCUUAAAAUGGUACAGCGAAAAGUACCUUCGAGGCCAAGAAAAGGACAACAAGGAAUGUGCAGACAUGUUUAAAGAAUACCAAAAUUGUCUCAAGGUUGCUCUAAAGGAUCGAGGUGUGGAUAAAUUAGUGGAAGAGGCCCGAGAAGAAAACAAAGAGAACGAUCUAAAACACCUUGGACCGAGAAGUAUGAUACGUCCCUACUUCCUAUGCCCUCUAACCUACUAA